UGCUCAGUAACUGCAGCAACAGUAAACUUCCCUCAACUGCCACUCAACUCAGCUUGACCCAACUCAAGACGGCAGCUGUUGAGGUUCAGAUGAAGACAAGCUUGGUAUAAAGCGGUUGUCAAAACAAACCGAGUGAGUAUCGUGUAACGAUGUCUGCUGAAAUACCCAUGGAGAGAACGUACCAGAGGACAUGCACAGACUCAAACCAGUCAGUUCAGACUCCUGCACCUAUCCCAGUCACUUCUGGAGUCAGUGGGGUGGAGCACCAAGGGGACAGCCUGGGCCUGCUAGCCUUUCAGUGUGAACCAAUGGUGGGCAGGACUCACCCUGACCUUUCCUCUCUCCUGAGCCCUGAUGAUGCUAUCCCCGUUGGACCAUACCAGCCAACUGCUGCCAACCUGGAUGCCUUUCACACUGUAAAUCAGACUAGGCAACAAGUUCCAGAUCAUCCAUAUGAGGUGCUUCAGCAACAAAUUGAGCAGAUCCACAAGGUUCUACAGGAGCAGAGUAGACUGCUGACUCUACUAGGAACAGUCUCUGUUGAAAGUCGCAUGUUUCCUGCCUGUGUACCCUUGUGGUGGAUCGGCUUGCCGCCUGUGUUGACUGCCAUGAACUCUGAUAAGCUCCCAGUUUUCAACGUGUCAUCUCCUCCUCCAUCAGAUGGAAGGAGGCCUGAGGAUCAUCCUGUCUCCACAUGUCUCAGCCAGGAUGCAUUUAGAUCCAAAAAAGAGACAGCAGAGCAGAGAGACUUACCUACCACCACCACAGGGACUGACCACCACAGAGCUGUGCCAGACCAGGACCCAGUCAGCCCCUCUGGAGUGAGAAACAUCCCGCCUGCCAACUCUGAAGACAGAUCUGCUGUGAGGGAGGAAGAGACCUUCGGGGAGUGUGUAGAGCAGCAGCUGAAAGUGCAUGAAAUCUCUGAGCCAAAACAGCUGCAGACCAUCAGUGGGAAAAUGAGGUUGACAGAGAGACAUUACUUCUUGCGGGAGGGAGAGGGCAUUUCCAGGGUAGACAGAAAUAAUUUGAAGUUCACUGAUCAGCAGGAUGUCCAGAGAAGGGCUUCCCUCAGCCCGCAGCAGCCCAGCAGGAAGUUAACCCCUGGAAUCCAGAGGCGCUCCUCUGCCCCAUCUUUAGUCUUUAAAGACGAAGAAACGCAGCUUGAAAACUUCCUUGAGACAUUUAAGCCUGAACACAGCCUUGAGUUUGGGACUUUACAAGACUUUUGCUCAGCUUCAUAUACUCCUCAGACACCUGAGUACAGCCAGAGGAAGACCCAAACAGAGAUCCAGGCUCAGGCUCACAUCUGCGGCCUAGAACAAACUUAUUUCAACACUCCUCUUGUGUGCCAACCUGAAACUCUGCCUCACCAAGUAAAACAGAUCACUAAUAUCCCCGCAACAACAGACAGAGAGAAGAAAGUUGGCCAAGUACAAGAGAGAAACUCCAAAGAUUUGGGAGAAAAAGACAGUGAAUGCAGAAUUAAUGAAUCACGCUCUGAGCUGGCACACUCAGAUAGUCAUUCCUUUAGAGAGAAAAGGGCGAGGCACCAUGAUGUAGAAAAGAUGGGUGAAACUGCCGGAAAAAUAGAUGACGAAGACGAGGUGAAAGGCCAGUUUGCAGUCACAGCACCAUGUAGAAAAGUGACGGUGAGCUCAUCUGUUGCCACCUCAGAGGACCUACGGGAACAACCCCCGCAGCAGAACAACACACCUGUCCGGACACCCAAACAUCCCCGAGUUGGGUAUGAAUCAAACUUAGUGCAACAUUUGAACAUUUCCCCCCCUUUGAGGGACAACAGAGUUUCCCCCCGGGCCUGGGGAAAUCAGGAAGUUAUUGUUAGUGUUAAGACCAUUCGCGACCCCAUGGAGAGAGUCCCAAGCUUUAACAUUGAAACUCUAUCCACCGGCUGUGAUGAAACAAAAACACAUUUUCAUCUCCGCCAGUGGAGCACGUCAAGACCAGGAAGCAGCAAAGGCUCAAACGGGGACAAAGGUCAAAAACAAGCUACGACAACCGCAGCAGCAGCGUUUUGUCUUUGUGCGCCAAACUACACAAGUGAAGUCCCAACACCUCUGAAACGCACCACAUUUCCCACACAUUCCACUUCAGAAAGCGCGACUGGCGGUGGUAGUGGCCGUGACGAUGAAUAUUACCCACCCUCCCAGUGUCACCAGUUUCCCAAGCCCCCAUCCCCUCCUCCCUGCCUCGGCCUCCACGAUUCCCACUUAAACCUUUCGGAGGAUGAUAAUGCCAGCGAGGCUGAGGAGAGAUGGAUGUUCCCAGGGAUCCAGAAACAGGAACAGAGUCUUGGAUCUGGGCCAAGGCCUCAGCAUCAAUCCUCUUCCUCCGGCUCCAACAGAGACGAUAAAGCUUGGGCUGAUUCUAAUGGGGGUCAGAAGUCCCAGAGGUCCAAGAUACACUCACUGAAACCAGAAAAAACCCCUGAUGAUCCAGAUGUAACUAAAAUGGCACAAACAUCGUGGGGGUUUCUCAGAGAAAGAGUGGAUCAGACGGAUGAGCUGAAGAGAGGCUGUAAAGGAGAUGACAUCCUCUCUGACAGAACAGAGAUACUUCAGGACAUGAGAAACCAACACAGUCUGCACAAACUGGAAACCAGGGCAGUCCAGGCCCUCAGGCAGCAGAUGGAAGCACUUCAGCAGCAGUUCAAGCAGCGAGAGAGUGAUUGGUCUGUAGUUCGAUGCCAGCUGGAGGAGGUGAUCACAGAAACCUCUGAGCUGAGGAAGAACCUUACAGUUACUCCACAUUGCUGCCCAGUGGCCGGCCGAUGCACUGCACAAACACAAACUGUACACCAGGAGGGACAGACAGAGAUCUCUAUAUCUCCCGAGAUGGAGCAGCUUCUCUCUAACGGGUGCAGCCUGGUGACUUUCACUGACGGGACAAGGAAAGUAACUUCUGCAGACCAGAAGACCAAAACGGUCACAUUCUUCAAUGGAGACAUCAAACACAUUUUGGAUGAUGGGAAAGUGGUGUAUUAUUAUGCUGGUUCACAGACAACGCACACCACCCAUCCAAAUGGUCUGGAGGUCCUUCACUUCCACAACAAGCAGAUUGAGAAGCGACACCCUGGGGGGAGGAGAGAGAUCUUAUUUCCAGACCAGACCAUCAAGUAUUUGGAGACUGACGGCAGCGAGAGGACAAUCUUCCCCGAUGGCACCAUCGUUGACCUCUCAUCGUUAGGUGAGAAGAUGGUUGAUUUCCCCAGCGGUCAGAAAGAAAUCCACACUUCCCAGUUCAAGAGGAGGGAGUAUCCUGAUGGGACAGUUAAGACUGUCUACCCUGACGGGCGACAGGAAACCAAGUACGCGUCAGGCAGAGUAAAUGAAAGGUAGAGUGGGAGAGACUCUUUCACAGUGUACAGUAGACAGGCUGUGGCUCCUCCUACAGACUAAACAAACCGACCCACUGCUGCUACGGUCAACCAGGUCUGUGCUGCCGCUUAUUGUACAGAACAAUGGUUGUUAUAUGAAUGAGUGCCUGCUGUUAGCUCUGUAUUGUUGUUGUAUGCCUGCUGUUAUUAUAGAGGUAAACUGUUGUAGUC